UCCCAGGAGCAGACGACAUCGUCGAUGAAUUUAUUUUGUAAUCGCGAUCAGUUGGGUGCCACUCUGAUAAAGAUCGGUAAUGCAUUGUUAUUCGCGAGCUGCUCUUCCUUCCCGCGAAGCCAUUCUGGUUUUCUCCAACAUGUCCAAGCCGCUAAUGGCAUUCAUUAUAAAAUUUUAUUAGCGUUAGUUAUUUGAAGAGAGAAGGCCGGGGAGAGAGAUCAAGAAACGAAAAACUGUCGAUAAGACACGAUAUCGCACCGCAUCCUACAUUCGACUGAAUCUUGUGCACGCGCACGUGAUCUGAUCAUAAUGCUUUAGUUUCCUUGAUUGUGAGCAGUCUUACACAAGCAUUGUAUACGAGGCUCUCAAACUCAGCGACGCCGGGAUUCAACGAAAGUAUCCACUUAUGUGACAUCUAUUACAAGAUCGAUAAAAACUACAGAAACAGAAAGCUGUGUCUGCCCACAGCCGAAUAGUAAUAUCGGUCUACGAUUUCAAGGCGAGCAAUCAUUAGUUAAUCUGUCAAGAUGGCCUCUCCGGAAGGAGGAGGAGGGGGGCUAACACCUUUUGAACACCAGGCAAUGGGCGUGGUCCUUUCACUCGAAGGAGUAUUGGGUAUCACAGCUUCUCUCUACAUUCUGAUAUCACUGUUUAACAGCAAGGGACGUGAUCCUACACAGAAGUCAUUGCGAACCAGCCUGGCUCUAGGCGACUUGGCUAUCGGCAUCAUGAGCCCUGUGGUUGCGGUGUCAAGUUUCUCCGAGGAGUGGGUUUAUGGUUCGAGCGGGUGCCAGUUCUAUGGAUUUGUGGCCAACCUCUUCGGCUUGAUCAGCAUCUGGAGUUUGGUUGCCAUGGUGCUUCAUCACUAUCAGAGCUCCAAGGUGGGAGCCAAACGAGAUGAAAUCAACCGCCGAUAUUCCAUGACCAUCGCCCUCAUCUGGGGCGGGGCGUUCUUCUGGUCGGCAACGCCCCUCCCAUUCGUGGGUUGGGGGCGAUACGUGGUUGAACCAUUCGGGACCGGCUGCCUCCUUGACUUCGCUGAUCGCAGUCCUAGCUAUUUCCUUUACUUGGUUGGAUUUGCAACUCUUGGACUCGCCUUCCCCGUCGCUCUUCUCAUCUCACGGGGUCUCAACUACGAAAAGGUCCCAAUCGAAUCAGUUAUUGCUUGCUGGAAGGCCGUUCUUGUUCUUUGCUUCUACUGGGGUUGUUACGGUCUCGUGGCCGUCGCGACGGCCCUGUCGGGUCCUGGUCGAAUCUCUGUUCGUCUCUUCGCCAUCGCCCCUCUCCUCGCCAAGACUUGCCCGAUCGUCAACGCGGUCCUGUUCGGUGAUUCGAUGAAUUAUUUGGAAGAGGCAACGACGACCAAAGAGCAGAAGAAACACUGAAUACAGUAGCAGCGACGAGAUCAAACCCCUUAUCGUAGCGAUGUUCAUAGUUGUUUGUCCUUCUUUGGUUCUUCUUAGGUGCAGGGGUUCGUUCCUUCAUUGUCAUCCCCCCUUAUUAUGAAAGAGUGUUCGUUUAUACUUAUCAGAUAAAUUUAACAGUUUUGUCCCAUUUAUUGACUGAGAACCUCGUUUUUGUUCAAGUUGUCAGAACACACUGUGAAAAACAUUGGGUACAAUUUUUUACCACCACGAGGGUAAUUAUGUGUCCAACCAAUUUGGGGCAGUAUUUUACCCAAUGCGGGAAGCAUAUUGUCCAGUAAGGUUAAAAAAUAAGCAGCAAUUAAGAAUGGGCAAAACUUUCAUCACACUGGAUAAUAAAGAAAUGCCAAAUGUUGAAUGGACACAUAAUUACCCUCAUUCUUUAAAAAUUGUAGUUUUUAAGGGUGACACACUUUGGGGAAAUUUAUUCAGAGAUUUGUUCCCCUCUCAAAUACUAAGUCCGCCCAUUUAAUCAAGGAGCAUGAAUGGCUCUUGUGUUUAAAAAAAGGUAUUAUUGUGUCUCAGUAUAGUCACACCAAUGAGUAUUACGCAGAAUUUUAAUAAUAAUAGUAUUAUAGGUUCAGUAUGUGUUAAGGCGACCGCACACCUUACGACUGGUCUGCGACCCGAUUUUGGAACAAAUCGCAUUUUGCUCAUUUUCUGAAGAUGUGAAUGGAACAUAUCAUUUUAUUUGAGUUUAAAAUUAAUUGAAAUAAUAAUAUAACCAUUUUGAAAGAUUGCAAGCCCUUAUUUCGGAGUAAGGUCCAAAUUAGUUUCAAAUCGUAGCCAAUCGUACGACUGCUAUGACGUCAUUACGACUAGAUAUUAAAUUUGCUUUUAUUCUAAGAAGGAUGAUAUAGUCACAAAUUUGAUCAUAUAGGUAUUCGUACGAUGAUUUAGAACAUUACACAGUAAGAUAUUCCAAGUCUCCGAUAUUAGCAUCAACUUCUACUACGUUUUAUUCUAAAAUCGGGUCGAAGACCAGUCGUAAGGUGUGCGGUCGCCAUUAAAUGUUAAUAAGUAUGAUAUUGUAUAUGCUUUUGUGUUUUAUAUGUCUUAUGUUGUACAUGUAUUUAUUAUUGUGAUUGUGGCAGAUCGCCCCCGCCCCCCGAUAAUUAUUAUAUGCUCACAUUACAUUUUGAUAGGGGACCUAUAUUUCUAAUGUACUGAUGAUAUUAAUACGAUCUUUCUGAGAUGUGGAGUGAAUCUGUAAAAUGGAAAAGUACUUAUUCAUUAGAAAUAUAUGAGGUAAUAUAUAGUAAAGGUGACUAGACCAAGAGGGGGGUUUAGAUUUCUAAUAUUUUAUGUACAAAUGGAAAUAUUAAGUAGGGCCAAUUUACAUGCAUACACACAAAUACACACUUUAUCAGUGUGGAAUGAAGGCGAAGCCGAAAAGAUGACUUGAAUAGAACAGUGACCCCUUUAUCAUUACUUAAUAAGUCAUACUUAUUAUAUUGCAAAAAGUGGUAAGAUUUUGAUACUUUGAGUUUUGUAACUGGUUGCUUGCUUACAAGCAUUCAUGCUUUCUUAGCAAUCAGGUUAAAAAUCACUACCAAUUAUCUCCAACUCUGAUGACCCGUAUACAUGCUAUAGGCGGUAACUUAUUGUACAUGUUGCAAGGCGAUAUAACUGAUAUAAGUUUGAUGUAAUUGUUACCGUCAUAAGUGUCUGAUCUGAGAUCGUUAAGUAACUGUUAUAUUCAAGAUAGGUUUCACGCAGUGAUAUUGUUAAAUGUUGAUUUGUAUUGUUGAAGUGGUUUGGCAGAAUCUUUGAUUUCAUCAAUUUAACAUUUCUUUAUGUACCCAAAGCGCCAUUAUGUUUUUGUAUUGAGGGAAGUGUUUCAUCUUACAUUAAUUUAUGUCCGACAAGUUGUCAGAUCUGACAACAUUCCUUGAUUCUGAUCGGCUGCUGAAAGGCACUGUUACCAUGACAACUUUCGGAUAAAAUGGGACCUGUCCGAUAAAAUGUGUGAAAAGUCGGACGCUCCAUGUAGGCAUACUAAUGCAUGCUAAAUUGUUUACAACAAUUUAUUACGAUAUAGUAAUAGGCCGCUAAAUAACGUAAUUUUAUUUCAAAAUUACUUUUGGUUAUUUUCAGUUUGAUUAAAAUGUAAUCAUCUUGAUUUGAUCACAAUGAA